AUGGAAUUGGUUCUCGACACAAACGAUGACGAAAUAAGAUCGCCACAGGAUUUCAGCUCGUCUCUAGAAACGGGAUGUUCACAGAAAGAGGCUCCAAUAUGUUUCGAUUGCCAACCUCUUAAUGGGAACAUCGUUUUCAAGGAUGUUUGGUUUGCGUAUCCAUCCCGACCGCAGCAAGACGUCUUACGAGGAUUCUCGUUGGUUGUUCCAGAGAACUCGGUUGUCGCUGUUUUGGGUGAAAGUGGAAGUGGGAAAUCAACGCUAGCAUCUCUAUUAUUGCGGUUUUAUGACCCAGCAAAAGGAACAAUCGAAGUAGGAAAUGUUGAUAUCUAUAAGCACCCCCCAGCCUGGAUAAGAUCUCUGGUCGGAGUCGUUAAUCAAGAACCGACUCUCUUUGCUAUGACAAUAGAAGACAACAUACUUUAUAGCAAAUUGACUCAUCAAGCUUUGCACCUUCCGACAUCCAGGGACCCUAAGAAUGAAAUGUCCAAACUGCUUGAAGCUUCUAACUGCGUUGAAUUUCUGAAAGCCUUCCCCGACGGAUUAUCGACAUACGUUGGCGAAAGAGGAGUUUCACUCUCAGGUAUACGAAUAUCUGCAUAUUUCGUCAUUCUUGCAUCUCUCGCUUGUCGAGUUCAAUCUCUGUUUUCAGGAGGGCAGAAGCAGCGAAUUUGUUUGGCACGCGCGCUGGCUCGGCAUCCUCGUUUUCUCAUACUCGAUGAAGCAACGAGCGCCCUUGAUACUCGAUCAGAAACAAUUGUUCACCAACAACUACACCAAGCAACUAAGAAUACAACAACAAUUAUUAUUACGCAUAGACUAUCAACACUGAAGUACGCUGACUACAUUGCGGUUCUCGCAAACGGUCAGUUGUCCCAAUUUGGAGCGCGCUCUGAAGUAUUAAGAUCUCCGGGGGAAGCUCUUCAUCGAAUCCUCUCGUCGCAGUCGGCGACUUGA